CUCUCUCUCUCUCUCUCUCUCUCUCCUGUCUCUUCCUCGCUCCCUCUCUUUCUCUCCUCCCUCUGCCUCCCCGGUGUACAAAGUCUCCGUCGCUCCCAGAACUUGUUGGCAAUGCCUAAUUUUCAGCUUUCCCCCGCGUUCUCCAAACUAACUCUUUAAAGGUGUGCGGUCGCCAAUGGUUUGACUAAACGUAGGAUGGGACUUCAGCUGAACGGCAGAUGUGUCUCGCUGAUCCUCGCGGUGCAGAUAGCGUACCUGGUGCAGGCCGUGAGAGCUGCGGGCAAGUGCGAUGCGGUCUUUAAGGGCUUUUCGGACUGUUUGCUCAAGCUGGGCGACAGCAUGGCCAACUACCCGCAGGGCCUGGAUGACAAGACCAACAUCAAAACCGUGUGCACAUACUGGGAGGAUUUCCACAGCUGCACGGUCACAGCCCUUACGGAUUGCCAGGAAGGGGCGAAAGAUAUGUGGGAUAAACUGAGAAAAGAAUCCAAAAACCUCAACAUCCAAGGCAGCUUAUUCGAACUCUGCGGCAGCGGCAACGGCGCGGCGGGACACCUGCUCCCGGCGCUGCCGGUGCUGCUCGCGUCCCUCUCGGCAGCUUUGGCGACCUGGCUUCCCUUCUGAGCGCAAGGGCCAGCUCCCCCGCGCGCCCACCCACACUCACUCCAUGCUCCCGGAAACCGAGAGGAAGACUCAUUCGUUCUUUGGGGACGUUGUGAUUCUCUGUGAUGCUGAAAACACUCAUAUAGGAUUGUGGGAAAUCCCGGUUCUCUCCCUCCCCCUCUUUGUUUUUAGAUUUCGUUAGCGUUCUCGUGUUUUCUUUGCCAAAUAUUACCGAUCCGUGCGCGAGCAAGCACAGCCAAAAUCGGACCUCAGCUUUAGUCCGUCUUCACACACAAUGAGAAAACGGCAAACCCCAUCCCCAUUUUUCAAUUUAAUUUUUUUUUUUUUUUUUUUUUUUUUUGGCAAAAGAAUCUCAGGAACGGCCCUGGGCCACCUACUAUAUUAUCAUGUUAAUAACAUGAAAAAUGAUGGGCUCCUCCUAUUAGGAAGGCGUGGAGAGAAGGCCAGGAGAGAGACGCCCGCCAGCGAAGCCGACCGCGCAUCCCCCCACGCCCUCACCUCUUUCUUGCACAGUAUCUUGCUUUGACCAUUGCCACCGCACAUGUCUCCUCCAGAAACUGCGCCUGGACACGGAGAUGGGCGGCUGUGUGUCCUCCGGAUAGGCGCGGGCGCGCGCGAGAAGGCCAGAGCUGAGCGGGCGGCUGGUUUAAGGUGCAGCCUGUCGCCAGAAACGCUGCCCAGGCCCCGGAAGGGUUAGCUUUCCCCGCUGUUGACCCAUCUUCCCGACACCGCGUUGCGUUCCCUCCUCUCUCUUGUUUUAGCUGUUCCACACACAGUAAUACUGAAUAUCCAACGGUGUAGAUCACAAGGGGGGAGGGAUGUUAAAUGUUAACCUAAAAUAUAGAUACACAAAAGAUUUUGACAUAAAAGAGCCUUGAUUUUAAACAAAAGAGAGAUGUAAUUUAAAAAGUUUAUUAUAAAUUAAAUUCAGCAAAAAAGAUUUGCUACAAAGUAUAGAGAAG